CCACGCCGAGGUGCUCGUUGAUGCGCUUGGAACAGUGGCGUUGUAGUAGCAUAACAAACAGCCGUCAUGUUUAUUUUACAUAAGUGCCUUGCCAUCGUUCGUACGGCGGGUUCUUCCCCGGGCACCACGCUGACUGUGGGCCGCUCGUUCCGGUCUUUUCACGCUGGUUCCGCUGGUUCCGGUCUCUCGUCCGGUGCUGCGCUAAACUGUCGUCCUCCGGGACCGCCGUCUGCCGCAGUGAGGUCGGGCUUCCCCUCCUCUCGGGACCGGCGCGUUUUGUUACCCGCUGACAGGCGUGAAGCACGCCGCGGCGGUUCUAGAAUACUCUCAACCUCACCGAGUAACGGAGGUGACGCUAUUGGAAAGAUCCAGGCGACGCAUUAUCAACUCGUGUACACGUGCAAGGUUUGUUCUACCAGGACGACUCAGAAGAUUUCCAAGCAGGCCUAUCACAAAGGUGUCGUGAUAGUGACCUGUCCGGGAUGUGAGAAACACCACAUCAUUGCAGAUAACCUCAGCUGGUUCUCCGAUCUGGAAGGGAAGAGAAACAUUGAGGAGAUCCUCGCUGCCAAAGGAGAGACAGUGAAGAGGAUUGAAGGAAGUGCUGCUUUCGAGAUAAUGGAAGAAUCUAUGAAAGACAACUCUCAACAUAUUGAAAACACAGAGAAAUCAGACCCAGAAAAAAAAUAAUGCCUCAUUUACACUGUGUUUGUGUAAGCUGUUUAUAUCUUACUAUAUAAUAAAUGCAAAAUGUUUUAUUAUUGGAUUUGUUGCUAUGGUUUCGGAGGAAAGGAAAAGAUUAUUGUGUGACAUGCAUCUUGUAUCCGGGGACAUAACUAUAAGCUUAGCAAACUGACAGUAAAAGGCAGAUAUGCAUUUCAAACCCUAACAUU